AUGGAUUUUGAGGAAGAGUACGAUGCUGAAUUUGAUGACAACCAGGAAGGGUCACUAGAAACACCUUUUCCAGCUGUGGCUGGUUCUGAUAACGGGAACAAUGCUGAUAAUGAUACCGUCGCAGAAAACAUCAAGAAGAAGCAAAAAAGAGAGGCCAUGGUGGAUGAUGGAAGUGAAAAUGCAUUUGGCAUUCCUGAGUUUACAAGAAAGGAUAAAACUUUGGAAGAAAUUCUAGAGAUGAUGGACAAUACUCCACCUAUCAUCCCCGAUGCAGUCGUGGACUACUAUUUAACUAAAAACGGGUUUAACGUGGCAGAUGUACGAGUGAAACGACUCUUAGCACUGGCCACUCAGAAGUUCGUUAGUGAUAUAGCUAAAGAUGCAUACGAAUAUUCGAGGAUCAGGUCCUCCGUUGCCGUUUCCAAUGCGAACAAUAGUCAAGCGAGAGCUAGGCAGCUAUUGCAAGGACAGCAGCAGCCUGGUGUACAACAGAUUUCACAGCAACAACAUCAACAGAAUGAAAAGACUACAGCAAGCAAAGUUGUUUUAACGGUAAACGAUCUCAGUAGUGCCGUUGCUGAGUAUGGGCUCAAUAUCGGUCGUCCUGACUUCUAUCGCUAA